GCUUUAUUGAAAAAAAAAAACAAAUCUUUUCAUUAAUCACUACAAAACCUUUGAACGCUUCAACAACCAUCCCAAUCUCACCAUCUCUCUCACAGCGUCCAUUCAUUUCCUAAAUCUACCAGAGAUCCAUCCAUUUUCCCCUAAAUCCAUCCUUCAGAUCCAGAAAUCAACACAAUCUUUAACGAUUUCUUGCAUCACAAGCAACAAAUCGGGUAUUGGUAGGUAAGAUUUGGUUAAUUAAUGCAUGAGAAAACCACAUAGGAGAGGAGGAACAAUGGCAAUGGAGAAGUCUAGCUCAAAGUACAGAACCCAGUUCUGGUACGUGGCAAUGGCCUCAUUCCUCCUUUGGCUUGUCUUGCUUUACCUUUUUAGUUCUUCCGCUAAAACCGUUCAUAACCACGAGAGAUUGUUCCGGCAAGAAAAUAUCAUCGAUCUCCCUGUCGAAAACGUCCCACAAAACCACGAACCUGAUGAAGCUCCUGUCGUUAACGUUGUCUCUGAGGACAUUUCCGUUGAUAACAGCUCUCUUCCUGUUUCUGUCGAUUCUCCUCCGGAUGAUCAGAUGUCAGAAGACAAGAAGGUUGUGACUGAUCUCGUUGAAGAACUUGAGAAAGAAAGGGUUGAAAAUGAGAAGAAGAGAGUUGAUUCGGUUGUAAUUGGACGGUCAUCUAAGGCAAGGAGAGGACAUCGAGAGCCACGAAAGGCGAGAUCUUCGGGUAGAUUGGAGGCAGAGAAGAAAAGGGUUCGUCGUAAUGAUGCUGAUGAGAGCAAUGCGGAGAAUAGUGAUGAGAAUCAUCAAGCAUUAGACAAAGAACCGAACUUUUUCGAGGCUAAGAAAGACGUGGAACCAAAGAAAGCGCUAGUUGAUGAUAAUGACGACGAUCUUGAGACCAAGAGAGGCAAGGAGUUGCCGAAUGAUUCUUCCAGUAAUGUUGUUGAAGAUGAUAAUGACGACGAUCUUGAGACCAAGAAAGGCAAGGAUAACAUCUCUAAAUCUGAACCAAAAACUCAGAGAAAUUUUGUAUUGAAUAAGAAUAAUACUUCCAAGGCGAAAAACAGAGUAAUUUCCAAGAGAAACCAACCUAGUAGAGUCGGUAAAGUUAUGUUACGGCCAAGAGAAACGCGAAGUAACGAUCCAUGUAAAGGAAAAUAUGUGUAUAUGCAUGAGGUGCCAGCUUUGUUUAACGAAGAGCUUCUCAAGAACUGUUGGACAUUGAGCAGGUGGACUGAUAUGUGCGAGUUAACGUCGAAUUUCGGGUUAGGCCCUCGUCUACCAAACAUGGAAGGAGUUUCUGGUUGGUAUGCCACAAACCAGUUCACAUUGGAAGUAAUAUUCCACAACAGGAUGAAGCAGUACAAGUGCUUGACCAAAGACUCGUCUUUAGCUUCUGCGGUGUAUGUUCCUUACUAUCCGGGUUUAGACUUGAUGCGGUUUUUGUGGGGACCGUUCCCUUUCAUGAGAGAUGCUGCCGCGCUUGAUCUCAUGAAGUGGCUGAGGGAGAGUCAGGAGUGGAAGAGGAUGGACGGACGAGAUCAUUUUAUGGUGGCUGGUCGAACCACUUGGGACUUUAUGCGUACACCAGAGAAUGAAUCCGAUUGGGGAAAUAGGUUAAUGAUAUUACCGGAAGUAAGAAACAUGACGAUGCUACUAAUCGAAUCAAGCCCAUGGAACUACCACGGGUUCGCGGUUCCUUACCCGACCUAUUUCCACCCUUCAACAUACGCAGAAAUCAUCCAAUGGCAGAUGAGAAUGAGAAGAAUUAAUCGUCGUUACUUAUUCUCAUUUGUCGGUGCCCCACGACCAAACCUCGGUGACAGCAUAAGAACCGAGAUCAUGGACCAAUGCAAAGCUUCAAAACGAAAAUGCAAGCUUCUAGAAUGCAUAUCGGGUUCUCAAAAAUGCUACAAACCCGACCAAAUCAUGAAAUUCUUUUUGAGCUCAACGUUCUGUCUUCAACCACCAGGUGACUCAUACACACGUCGCUCCACUUUUGACUCCAUCUUAGCAGGUUGUAUACCAGUUUUCUUUCAUCCGGGAUCAGCUUAUGCGCAAUACAUUUGGCAUUUACCGAAAGAUAUCGCGAAAUACUCUGUUUUUAUUCCGGAGAAAAAUGUGAAAGAAGGUAAAGUGAGUAUAGAGAAUGUUUUGAGUAGAAUACCGAGGACAAAAGUUUUCGCUAUGAGAGAACAAGUGAUAAGACUGAUACCGAGGUUAAUGUAUUUUCACCCGUCGAGUAAGAGUGAAGACACGGGAAGGUUUGAAGAUGCAUUCGAUGUCGCGGUGGAAGGAGUUUUGGAAAGAGUGGAGGGGUUAAGGAAGAGGAUAGAGGAAGGCAAGGAGGAGAUUUUUGAUUUUCCGGAGCAGUAUUCUUGGAAAUAUAAUGUGUUUGGGAAUGUUGAGAGGCAUGAGUGGGAUCCUUACUUCGAUCGGCCUUAAUUGUUUGUGUGUUUUUUUUUUUUUUAUUGGGAGACAAGUGAAUGUAGUUGUGAUUGUCAUCGUAGAAAGAAGUCACGAGGCCUUAUUUUCUUAAAUUGGUUUUGUUUGAGAUUUAAAGGUUUUGUAAGUUAGAAAACCAAAUUUUCAUCAAAAUUGUACAUAACUAACACGGUGGAAAAAUUGUAACUAUAUUGUUUAUUUUUCACAUGGUCGUAAAAA